AUGAACUAUGAGGACUUUCUCAUGAAACACUAUGACUAUCCGAAGAGCAAUGUUGGAAACCGCUACUGCAACACCAUGAUGCAAAGACGGGAGAUGACAGGACCCAAAUGCAAGCAAGUCAACAGCUUUGUACAUGACACCAAGGCCGAAAUCUUUGCUGUGUGUGCUACAAAAGGGGUGCCUUACGGGAAUGACCUACAGCGUAGCUUGAAGCUAUUUCGGGUCACCACCUGUACUUUGAAAGGUUUCAAGAUGCGGCCACCUUGUGACUACAAAGAAAUGACUUUACCCAGAAACAUAGUCAUCUCGUGCAUGGAUGGAAAGCCUGUACACUAUGAGGAAGGUGUAGCAGUGGUGCAGGAACAGGAAAGUUCAGAAUGA